AUGAACGAUGCUCUCACGUCAGCGACUCCACAAAAUCCACGACGUUGGCCAACUCAAAUUAUGAACGACUACACGAACAGCGCAGAAAAUUCUGGAAUCGGCAAUCUGAUGGAACACGUAGAAGAAAUACCAGCACUAGAUACUACCACACCGCGGACCGUUCUCGGUGAACACGCUUCUGUAAUUCAGAAUCGCUUCGCUAAUCACGCAACAGAGAACGUCGCCACAAUCCGGAGGACGUGA